UGUUUUCGGUUUAUUUUUAAUCUUUUUAUGAUUAGAACCGUUUUGAAUUUAGAAUUAUAUUUUAUUUUCAGGUAUCAGCUGCAGAACCUGUUAAUCUAAAACUUACAAAGCUUUUAGAUGUCAAGGUAGAAAGUAAGACUAACUCGUGGAAAAAUGACUUGGGAAGACUUCUUUAUCCGCAAAAUGAGGACGUUGAUCUAGGUAACAAAGAAGAGUACGUACAGGUUCCCAUGAAGUUUUCAUUCGCAUUCGAUAGAUUAAAUGCUUUACAGGAAUAUGAAAGUACUUUUAAAAAUGUAUUUAAUCAGUGCAAAUAUCUGGUUGGAAAAAGUCAAAUACCGUUUUGUCUCUUAAAUCCAGUAAGAACAUUGUCCGAAGCUGAACACGUAUAUCCAAGGAGCUGCAGAGAAAUCUUAGAAAGCGGUAAGAAUAAGUCAGGUGUGUACACAAUCAAACCUAGAACAAGCAACAAGCCGUUUGCUGUUUUAUGUGAUAUGGAAACAAAAGGGGGUGGCUGGACUCAUAUUCAGAAGAGGUUUGAUGGAUCUCAAGAUUUUUAUCUUCCUUGGAGAGAUUAUAAAUUCGGUUUUGGUGAUCUAUUGGGUGAAUUUUGGAUUGGAUUGGAAAAUAUUCACCACAUGACAGCUUUUGAAAUAAGCGAACUUCUGGUGGAACUAACUGACACUGAUAAAAAGAACAGUUACGCCCAGUACUCAUCCUUCUCAAUAGGCAACGAAAAAGAUGGCUACAUACUGAAUAACCUUAAAGGGUUUUCAGGUGAUGCUGGGGAUUCUCUAUCAAUUCAUUUGAAUCAAAAAUUUACGACUCUUGAUGUGGAUCAGGAUACAAAUUCAGGAAAUUGUGCACAACUGUUUGAGGGUGCUUGGUGGUACGAGAAUUGUCAUCAUAGCAAUUUAAAUGGGAAAUUCAUGACUAUAGUGCUUCCUAAAACAUAUGAUUAUCAUGGACUACGCUGGCGCACUGUGAAAGAAAAGGAUAAUUUGGCAGGGUCAAGAAUGAUGAUACGACCAAUUGGAGGAUAA